UUGAAGUCAUAGCGAGCACAAGCUGCGUGUCAGUGCAGUCGACUUACAGCGGGCUGUGAGGAGAACUGGCGCGCGACCCCUUUGUCCUGAAAUACAACUCGUUUCAAUCGCUUAAACUUCUCAAAGUUUCUUUAAAGUGGCAUUAGAGUUCUUCUGCUCGUCCGGUACUUUAGCAGGUCGGCGUAAAUUCGUUAUUUUGGCUUUGUGUGAAGUUAAAGGCUGGGCCUUCCUGACGAGAGGAAAAGCGAAGCUGGUCUUUCUGCGAUUAAAAGUCCAUAAAUGCUUUUUACCAAGAUGGACCUGUUGAACUACCCGUACUUGGACAAAAUGAACAACAACAUUGGCAUUCUGUGCUAUGAAGGUGAAGCUGCUCUCAGAGGCGAGUCCAGAAUGCAGUCCAUGUCACUAUCCUCUGCCGUCAGCAGUCACAGGACGGGCCCUCCUCCCAUCAGCCCCAGCAAGAGGAAACACAGCGGGGACCAAGCAGACGAUGACAUCGACUGCAACAGCAAGAUGAGCCGGCUGUUUGCCGUACAGUUAACCAAGCCUGCCAACGGGGACUACCGCAAGGACCCCCGGGAUCGCAGCCGCAGUCCCAUCGAGCGCAUCACCGGCCCCCCCAUGGGUCUUGUUAGUAGUGCGCUUUACACCCACAUGCCCAGCCUGGCCAUGGACCAGCCUCUCGCACUGACCAAAAACAUGGACGUUACCCGCACUGUCGCCAUCUCCCCUACUGUCAGCCCUGUUGAGCGCCAACAGAAUCGUCCCUCUGUGAUCACAUGUGCUCCAGCGAACAAUCGAAACUGUAACCUCUCCCACUGCACCGUAUCUCACAACGGCUGCUCGCCCAACUUGACUACAAACUACCGGAGACCCUCCAACUCUAACACGGCCUGCGACCCUGUUAUCGAGGAGCAUUUUCGCCGCAGUCUGGGGAAGAACUACAAGGAGCCAGAACCCGUAACAAACUCCGUGUCCAUUACGGGCUCGGUGGACGACCAUUUCGCCAAGGCCCUGGGUGAGACGUGGCUGCAGAUCAAGGCCAAGGGCAGCUCGUCCGGCAGCCCAGACUCCUCUCCGAACAGCCACAUGGUCAACCAUAAUCACUCCCCUUCCCUCGUUUCUUGAAAAGAGGACCAGCUGAUCGCAGUCCCAGCCUCUUCCAGCUGCCUCAAUCUCAAAGCAAGCAUGCAUGUUUUAGCAGAGCGCUGAUGUAUAGCUAUGUACAUAAGAACUCACGACGAGGAGGCGCUCUCGAGUUCCUUUUUUGUCGUUUUGUGCUUUUAUUGGCUUUUGAUUUCUUUUCUUUUAAGUAUGCUAGUAUACGUUUAGCUUGGCGGUUACAUUAUGGGAUGCCCAUAGUUAAAAAAAAAACACACAGCAUUGAUGACCAGGAUACACUUUGGUGUUUUUUAUAUGAAUAUAAAUGAACCAGCAUCCAUCUGCCUCAGAUACCAAAGAAACCUCUGAUGCAAACCCAGAAGUCAUUCUUGCAUGGCACUCAUUUCUUUCCUCUCUGGUUGUCCCGCACCACGUCUUCUCUCCCGGGUUUGAUUCUGAAUCUGUAUGUGUAUACUUGAAACGGAAAGCCUGGACUGAUUUUGCACUAUUGAUGGAUUGAGGUCGUAUAAGCUCGGUGUUGGAUACACAUGCUAGGAUGAUGGAAACGUGUAGGAGGGCGAUCUGCUGACAAAGGUGGGAAGUGAUGUCACUCGCAUCACUAAUGUUAGGGGGGAGGGAACUUUAUAUAUAUAUCUUACUUCAGACGAUUCUCUCUAUGGUGCUGACAACUGGACUGCGGCAAACGUGGGCAUUUGGAUUAGUUUUAUUUUCCCCAGGCGCACUGUGGUUUUGGUAGAGUAGAUGAGGUUUUAAGGGUUAACUAGUGCUUCGAAGUGCAUGUUUUUAAAAUAGCUGGUAUCUAUUAUCGUGUAGACAUUUCAUUUGUAAUUCUCUUUUAGCCUUUUCUUCAGAUUUUAUUUUUGUCGGUAACAGUCAACUAGAUAAACUUACUGCUGGUACAGUUGUACUCCAUAUUAUAAUUUUCUAUUCAAUAUUCAUUGUGGUAGCUGCCAGAUGCAACGUAAGUAAAACAGCCUCCGGACAGGCCAUCUAUAUACGAACGGUUGGAUUUAUGUUAUUCGUUUUGAGGUACAUGCGCUAUGGCUUCUUGCAUGACUGAAUAAGACAUUAGCAGCUACGGACAGGUCAACUGUAGCGUUGACGAUCUGCCGAAAACGUACAGCUGUCAAAAUGGACUUUGUUUUGGAACGAUCCGCCGUAAUAACAUAUACAUUCCUCCGCUAGGGAUCUUCAUACGCGUUCACGUUUUCAGUAUAGCUACUAACAAGAGACUCGGACAAGAGGUCGCAGACGCUUGUCCUUACAUUCCGUCGGCCCAGUUUGAUUGGAUACGGAUGCUGCCAGACAGCCAUCUUCUCAAAAGUACUUUACAGAUAGACGACUUUACCCUGUGCUCUUAUUGUUUGUGUUGCCACGAUGUUGACGUAUCUUACAGGAGGCUUUUGGGCUUUUCUCCCGUUGUGUGUGCGUGUGUGUGUCAAUAUGGGGGCGGGGUUUAGGGAGGAAAUGUCCCGAGGUCUGUUAUAUAGACAUUUCACUACCAAUUUACUAGGUAGGACACUCACUUUCUGCUUGACACACAACAUUACCCUACACGCUGUAGGUGUCUCACUUAAUGAAAAACGACAAAAAAAGUUUUUAUAUAGGAAACUAUACGACCAUCAUUACGCUGUGCGUAACGAAUGUACAGAGAAAAAAUCGUAGGUAUUUUUUGAGGAACAAUUAAUUUGUUAAUGAUAUGUAGCUAUUUAAUUUUUCCCUUGUCCUUUAUUGUAAUCAUGCUUUUUUCGUUGAAAAAGUUGAUCUUUUUUUGUUUGUAGGUUGUUUUGUCUGUUUAAGGUUAAAGUGCAGGAACACACAGUUAUUCUAUGAAAACACUGCGUUAGUGUAAUAGCCACUUGUGUAUUAUUUCUAAAGGCUACUGAGCAGUCUGGAUACACUUCUGAACGGAGGCUCUUUCAUCUGUCUCUGGAGACAUUUGAACAAAAUUACUCCUCUCAUAUUGACCUUGAGUGCGAUACUUCACUCCAAUGCCAUCCGUUUGAGAGUCGAGCAACAACAUUUUUUAUUAUUAUUAUUAUUUGAUGUGCGCUUCCAGGAGAACCAUGACAAGAAACAAAUGUUUAAAAAAACAAACUUUCUGCACCUCGAGUGUACUUAACAAUUUGUACAUCUGUAUUAUACCCUCAUUUCAUGGCCUUGUUUCUCCUUGGAAUAAAACAAAGUUUUGGCAGGCCAUUGUUUUGUACUUUACGUAGCCUCGAUGAACAAUAAAGUGCUCUUAAACCACA